AUGCCGAAACUUCCAGGAACCACAAAGCGACAUCUUACAACAUUGAAUCCCUAUUUAGUGAUUGCACGGCUAGAUAUUCAGCAAUCAGACCCAUCUUGCCAUUCUGACAUGGAAACGGAUUUCCGACCAGUUUCCUUCUCAUCUGCCACGUGUUGGAGUGAUUUGAUGAGACUGACUCAAAAGUGUUUUGCACUGAGUAGAUGUUGUCCAGCUGCACAAAGAUGUGGAUCGGAAGUGGAAAGAGACAUUAUAAAUGAGCAAUAUGAAUUGGAAAAAAGUCAGAUGAAGUCAAGAUUGGAAGAGUGUGCAAUUGAUAUGAAUGCGGUUUUGAGAGCUCCGGUUUCUAGAGAAGAUGCGAUGAUUGCCAGAAAAGUCAGUGAGGCGACGAAGGUUAUGUUACGAUCAGUUGUUCCAUUCAGAAUAUAUCCAGAUCCACAGAAGAAAAUGAGGCUGAAAACGGAACGAGGAAAGAAGGCAAGAGAGUUUGCAGCUCCAUUGUCAGCGAGACCAAAAGCCAUCAGAAAAUUGAAUAAAAAUCGUUAUGGAAUUUCAAAACCCAAAUAUUCUUCAUCAAUCCGUUCUGGAAGAGCUGAACUACUUCAUGCACCAAUUGAUCCUCCAACCACUUCUCUCAGUCCAUUUACCGUUCUUCAUAACGGUGGAACGGCCUUCCAGACAUCUUCCCAACCACCAGCUUUCCCUCCGUUUACCUUCCAGUCCAUUGAUUUUGACGCAAGAUCAAAUAAUAGAAAGUUACGGAAGAAUAAGAAAAGAAGACUUCGCAAAAAGAAACAUCAUGAUUUUGAAAACGGACCACCGUUUGCACAAGCAUCCAAAAUUACAGAAUCAAGGUUUGAUGCACAACAUGCAGCACUGAAAUUAGACAAACUCAAUGGAAACUUGAAACAAAAGGGGGAAUAUGGAAAAUCGGUUCUUCCAAAAAUGCUGAUGAUCAAACAAAAGAAAGGAAGCUUCUUAGGAUACGCACAACCACUCAUAAAACCUUUGUACCCUACAAAACAAGAACAAGUUGAGCCGAAUCAUGUGGUCGAUCAAAUUUAUGACGAUAUUCUUGAUGCACAAAUUGCUGAAAACGAACUAACCAAUUUUGUGGAGGAAUCGCCUACAGGACAACCCUUCCUUCCCAUUGAACCAGUAAACACUCCAGAUAUGAGAGAAGCAUUCAUAAAUAAUAACGGAGCAUGGACGAUGGAACCAACAACUGAGCAGACAACAGAGACACCUCCACUAUCAAGUACACUACCUCCACCAACAAUAACGUUCCCAGAUGAUUCCUUCCCAGCUGAAACUACUACAACAUUCCCAGAUGAAACGACUCAUCGUCCUCCUUCUUCCAGAAUAACUUUUGCUCCAAUUCGAAGAAUCACUACAACAACAAUGGAAACGACUACGGAAGAAGCCACAACUAUGGAGACUACAACUACCCCGGAAACAACAACGACUACUACGGAGCCGCCUCCUAUUACACCUUCGUCCUCCGGAGAUCCUCUGAUUGAUUAUGUGACACACGAACUAUUGAAUAAGCAUAUGGAGAGACCAAAGUCAGACGAGGAUGAAUUUGACUUUUCCAGUGCAGAUUACAUUGAUAUCAGUGCCAUGGAUAUUGAGCCAACCACUUCUACCACCCCUGUCUUCCCGAUUCCAAUUGCUAGAUAUGAACAGGCUAACAGUUCGUCUUCCAUGUGGCCGAUGGAUGGUCCACAUAACCCACAUCGGGCUUCACCUACAGAUCACACCACAACUCCACAAUUGAGAACUACUGUUGCUCCUCUGAGCCUUGGAAUGCUCAGUGAACAGCAGAACGAAGAUUUGAUCCCAUUGCCAACUGCUGCCCACUCUUUCGGUUCAAUUGAUGUAACUCCAUCCCCAUCAAUCAGCACAACUCCACUGGAAGACCAACUGUGGCCACUGCCAAUCAGAAAACUACAUAGAUUGAAAAUGAUGGGAGCAAAGAUGAUGGAAAAAACAAAGCCAAUUGUCAUUUUGCCAAUGAGUAAGAAGAGUGCGAAAAAGAUGGAAGAGUAUAAGAGAAAACUUCAAACUGGAUGUCAGCGAUAUAACAAUUGCCUUCGGAAAGAGGUCGAGAUGAGAUUGAGAUGUGCGCAACCAUACCCAACUCCUUACGAUAAAUGCUCUGCUCAGUUGCUGCCCCUCUAUAAAAACGCGAAGUGCUAUGCUCCGAAAAAGCAGUUUGAACAGGAAGUAAAUUGUGAAACUCUUGAUUCUUGGUCUUCGUACUGUCGACAAUUAGAACUUUGCUGUCCUGCAAAGGAUCGUUGCGAUUCAGCAGCAGAAGUCGAUCAUGUGGGAACGCGAUUACGUCUUCUAGAAAAAUCAUUUUCACUCCGAGCGGCUGCUUGUCAGUUCAAGCAUGCAUUUCAUCGAACAUUGGCAAGGAAAAUGUGA